AUUAUUCUUAUGCAACAUGGCGAGUGGCGAUGAUGACCUUCCUCUUGAUGAAGAACAAGAACAUUUUAGGAUAAUUAAUGAGAAAUCUGUGGAUGAUAUUACAUUGGCAUUUUUCUACAAACCACAUACUAUAACUUUAUUGACAGUUUCAGUGAUAGGAUUGCUGUACGCGGCUUUUACGAGAAAUGAUUCCGGGCCAGAAGAUAAUUUAUGGCAUGGAUUUUGUUGUGUAGUAUUCUUUUUCUUGGUAAUCAGUCUGCUAGCUUUCCCUAACGGUCCUUUUACCAGACCACAUCCUGCACUAUGGAGAAUAGUCUUUGGUUUAAGUGUCCUGUAUUUCCAUAUACUUGUUUUUUUCCUGUUCCAAAACCGUCAGGAUGUGAGGAAGAUGAUAGAAUGGUUAUAUCCUGACCUAAAAGGGGUUGGACUAUCAGAAAAGCAAUAUGCUGUGAAUUGUUCCCAGAUUGAUGUAGCGAGAAUAUGGUCACACUUAGACCUCUUUGCAGUGGCACAUUUUUUAGGAUGGACAAUGAAAGCACUGUUGAUCAGACAUUAUGGAAUAUUGUGGACAAUUAGUGUCUUAUGGGAGUUUUCUGAGAUUGUAUUUUGUCAUUUACUGCCAAACUUUGCUGAGUGUUGGUGGGAUUCUUUAAUCCUUGACGUGCUGAUCUGUAACGGUCUAGGAAUCUGGAUUGGCAUGGAGAUCUGUAAAAAGUUAGAAAUGAGAAACUACCAUUGGGAAAGUAUUAAAGCUAUACAUUCUACAUCAGGAAAGAUCAGAAGAGCAGUGUUACAGUUCACACCAGCAAGUUGGACUCACGUGAGAUGGUUGGAUCCAAAUUCAUCUUAUAUGAGAAUAGUAGCAAUCUGUAUAAUAAUAAUAUUCUGGCAGGUAGUAGAAUUGAAUACGUUUUUCCUGAAACAUAUACUAGAAAUACAAGAAUCUCAUCCUCUAAACUUAUGGAGGCUAACUCUUAUCAGUCUUAUAUCUGCUCCAACUAUAAGACAAUGGUAUGUUUAUGUGACAGAUGUACAGUGUAGAAGAGUUGGUGUUCAGUGUUGGAUGUUUUGUGCAAUAACCUUGACAGAAGCAAUAUUAUGUUGUAAGCUUGGACUAGAGUUGUUUAAACAGACUUCAGUUAUAUAUUUACUACUGUGGUUAACUAUACAGAUAACUGGUAGUGGUUUGUGUGUUUAUUUGUGUGCAUUGUAUGCUAAAACUUGGAGAUGGAAGACUCUCCAUGAAGGGGUUUACUUGACACAGGCUGAGUUAGAGUCAGAAGCCAAAAAUGGGUCGUAUCCAAAUUCUCCCAAACGAACAAUUACCAAUAUGAAUGGCCAGAGUUUGAUAUCUAAGACAAAGGACAAAGAAGUGAAGUACAAUUUACGGAAAAGAGAGAUUCAGCUUACUACUGGACAUUGAAUUAUACAUUUUGGCCAUAGUUUCAGAGGAAGUUUGUAGGAAUUAUGGGUAAUUUGCAAUGUGUUCAUUGUUAUACCUAAUGAAGAAUUCACUGCCUAAAAUUACUCAUACUUAGCGUUCAUAUUAACAUUAACGUGACAGAGAGAUUCAGAUUCUGGACAUUGAAUUGUACAUUUUGGGAAUAGUUUCAGAGGAAUUUUUCUCGCAUGAGUAGUUUGGAAAUGUGUUCAUUGAAGUAAUUAAAGAAGAUUUCACUGUCUAAAAUUACUAAAAAUUAGUGUUCAUAUUUCCAUUUAUGUGGAAGAAAGAUUCAGCUUACCGGGUACUACUGGUCAUUCUACUGGUCAUUGAUUUAUACAUUUUGGCCAUAGUUUCAGAGGAUGUAAUGGAGGACAUUUUCUCUUGUGGGUAAUUUUGUAAUGUGUUCAUUGUUAUACCUAAUGAAGAAUUCACUACCUAAAUUUACCCAGACUUAAUAGUGUUCAUAUUAACAUUUAUCUAAACCCUGUGCUAGAAGAUAUAUGUGAAAUUCUUUAUUGAAUUGAGAACUGUAUAUAAAUGGUCUGUCUAUUUUUGACCUGUUUUGGGUAUCAAAGAUAUAGGAAUGGAGAAGAAACUAACCAAUGCCAUCAUUUGUCUUUUUAACUGCAAUGGAAAAUUUAUGUAUUUUAUCAGAUCUUUGUGAUGUAAUAUCCUGUUGUUGUAUAGACCUAUUUCCUAUUUGUCAAACAUUACUAGACAUCGUAAAGGUUCCCGUAAAAUUUUGAUGUCACAAUAGAAAAUGUCUUGACAUCACAUGCAAAAGUGAUUGUAUGACAUCAAAAGUUCAAAGGUUGCAGAUUCCAAAAUAGCAAUAAGGUCUAUUUGGGCUGUUCCGUAACUAAACACUGUUGUGGCAUGAGGUUUUUUUGGACACCUACCCAAUCUAAAGAAAAGACAACCUUCAACAAUUAACAAAGUUUUUGUCUUUUAAGGGGGCUCGCGGGUCUAAAUCCAAAUUUUUAUUUAAUAUAGGAUUUCGCUAUAUUUUUCUAUAAAUGAACUUUAUCUUAUACUUAAUAGAAAAAUGAAAUAAAAAAAUGGGGUCACUGUUCAUUUACGCUCACAAUCUGCCUUCGAAAGAAGCAAACAUUUUUGAUAAUGUUCUUUUCUUCUGUUGACCUAAUAUGAGAAAAAGCGAUAUUAUCGAAAUAAAAAAAGAGCUAAAUUACAGAAAUCGCUUAAAUUUCACAAUUAUUUAGUUUAUGUACAGCUUUUUCGAAAACAACAAUAAAGAAAAUAGGUCACCGAUGAGUUAAAAAAGAUAUUUUAAUUUAAAUGCCAAAAAAUGGCAUUUUUGCACCAAAGGGAGAUAAUUUAGAGCUUUUUCAAUGAUAUCAACAUUUUAAAAGUCACCUGGGGCCAACAGGAAUUGAUUUUUUUGGAUAAUUUUUGUACCAUAUGAUAAAGUUACAACUACUCAAGGUAAUUAAUAAAAUUUGUAAUGAAAAAUAAAUGUUCAACAUUUUUCUGAAAAUCUUAUACCCGUGAGCCUCCUUAAGCCCUACAAUUUGAUGGAUUUUGGAAUACAUUUUAACUGUUGGUUUUAUCUUGUUACUUAUAAACUAAUUGUUAAGAGGUAUCCUUGGGUAGAAUGUAAUUACUUUUUCCAUCAGAAUGAUGUAAUUAUUCUAGCAUAAGUGAUCACUACUAAAGUCGAGUACAUAAACAAAGCUGGUAUUAUUUUGUCAAAUGUAUACAUAUUGUAUAUUAACUUAUGAGAUUAUUUUUCUGAGAUUUUAGCAUAUGUUCCUUUGAAGUGAAAGGAAAAUGAUUUUUUUGUUCUUCAAACUUUUUAUAAAAGUUCUUGGUACAAAAGCUAGAUGUUAAUUGUUAAUGGAUAUUUAACUUUUUACUGUCUCAGAAUCCAUGUUUUUUUUAUAUAGAUUAGACUGUUGGUUUUCCCGUUUGAAUUUUUUUUUUACUAGUAAUUUUGGGGCCCUUUAUAGCUUGUUGUUCGGUGUGAGCCAAGGCUCUGUGUUGUAGGCCGUACUUUAACCUAUAAUGGUUUACUUUUUAAAUUGUUAUUUGGAUGGAGAGUUUUCUCAUUGGGACUCACACCACAUCUUCCUAUAUCUAUGAAAGUUUUCUGUAAAUUUUGCCCAUUCAUAUUAAAUAUGAUACAAUUUCCUUUAAGCUUGAAUGGAUGAUGAGGAAAAGUUCAAAUUAAUGUUUUAUAACAUGAUGAAAUAUAUAGUCCCAUAAUGUGCUCAAUUUGGUAAAUACAAUGAUAAUUAACAAAUCAAUUUUAAAAGAAAGGGACAAUUUAUUAUCCAUGGUUUUGAUUUAUCAUGAUAAUUUCCCAGUUGGUGGAUCCAAGGGGUUGCUCGGGUUGGAAACCUUCUAGUUUUUAUGACAACCAAUGCUUUUGAGUGAGGACAUAGGUUUGGAACCCCCCUUUAGCCUGGGUUGGUUUGUAUUCAAGCUACAAUUUCUAUGUUACAGUUCUUUUCUGUCUGUGCUGCCAAAAACUAGUCAAAUAUUUAUUUCCGUUUUAUUAGAAGAAAUAAUGCCACAUAUAGUUUGUUUGGCAAUAGUUUUGUCUUAACUUGCAAAUAAACCAGUCAAGUCUGCCAAAUAAUAAAUAACCUGACAAAUUUUUGAUAGCAACUGCCAAACUAAUCAUGAAUCAAUUUUUGACACUUCAUGGAAAUUAAUGAACCUAAUUAGUUAGACAUUUAGUUUAUUGUAACAAUAGUAUUCCGAUAUUGUUUUGUAUUGAUUUAUUUAGAAUGAUAUUUUAUAUAUUUUACUCAGUUUUUACCGUUUUAAAGUUAUUAUUUAUACUUGUGUGUUGUCUGUUGAGAGAUUAAUUUGAGCAGAUGUUUAUACUGUAGACUUAAAGAUAUCCCUAUGUUGAAGUCACCUAUGGUUUACUUAUUACCUUUUUAGUUUUCAUUAUGUGUUUAUCACCAGUAGUAUAUUUGUUUUGUUCAUUUAUUUACCAAUAAUAUAGAUUUUAUAACUAAACAUUUUAGUAGCAGUUUUGAUUUGUUUACUGACAUUUAAUUUUUUUUGGGAAUGGAUGAGAAUUUUCUCCUGUUGAUCAUAUUUCAAUGAGUCAACCAAAUUUUUUUGCAUAACCAUAUUUGUUAAAAUUAUUCAGUGCCAAAACUUAGAGUAGAGACUUUUAACCUUUUAACCCUUUAACCUUUGAACCAUAGUGUUUUUAAUCAAUGAUUCAUUAAUAAUUGUGUACUUAAUGUCCAGUGGAAGAUAUUUCUAACAUUUUUAUAACUUAAUUGAGAAUGGAAAUAAUGUCCGAGUCAACGGGAUCAAAGAGCAGAUUUUAACAGCCAAAAGCCACCAAUGGGUCUUCAAUACAGCAAGAAAAUCCUGCAUCUGGAGUUGUGCUUCAGUAUGCCUUUUAAAUAAAAAUGUGUACUUUCAAUGAUUAUGGACGUCUAAUACUAAACUCCAAAACAUAUAAAUGAACUACUUAACUCCAACCCAUAUUUAUAAGUCGCUGCCUCGGUUAAUGGUACUCCUAGCUGAUAUAUUUUAUGUUCUAAAAAAAUAUUUUAAUAUUACCAUUUAAUUUUAGUACAUACUUACCUAUUGUUUUUAAUUUGAAAUAAAAACAUUUUCACAGAUAAAUAAUACCAUAAAGCAUUUUGUUGUAGUAAUACAAGUAUAAAUAUUAUAAAGGGACCAAGCUUUAAGUUUAAACCAUGAAGAUGUCUAAAAAGAUUUCUAGUCUAGAUUUGAAAAAAAAGAGGUUUCUCAUUUUUGAUAAUAAAUAGGAGAAAUUCUAUUUAUCAUACGAAGGAUUUGCUUCUGUCAGAGCUGAGAUAAAAUUUACAGUUUUAUCAGUUUUAGCUGUUAAAUUGAAAAAAAAUAUGAUUUUACAAUGGGGGAAUUUGGUUAUGAGGGAUUUACAUAAACAGCAUUGCAUGUCAUAUUAGUGUAUAGAUGUGGAUGUCCUAUGGUCAUUUGCUGAUCAUCACAGCUGAGAUACAGUGAAAUGUUGUUUUACAUUCAAUAUUUUAGGUCUCAGUGUAUUGUAUAUAGAUGUAAAAGUAGAUGACUUAAGCUUAUUGAGUACUUAAAGCUUUUUUCAAUACAUGUACCUUUUUUACUUUCAU